GGUCUCGCGGAACAGCCACCGAGGGGGUGGCUCUGCCUGAAACGCAUCUGCGGCCGGCCGAGAGCGCCGCGUCGCCGCGGAUUCGGGUCACCAGUCCACGCGGCCAAAAAGCGGGCGGGCAACGUGGAAGUUGACCUUGCCCUGGGCCGGCGGGAGCCGCUCCGGUGGCCACCCUCGGUCCUCCUCAAUCCCAUGCUCCCUUGCGCCAAGGACACGUCCGUCGGCUUCGCUGGGCCUUUCUACGCCACCGUGGCGCCUCUCUAUGAUCCGUGGCCGCGUCCGUAGUCGGUGUUAUGGCGGCCGGCGUCGAGUUGGCAGGAGUUGCCCACCGAACUGGGGAAAGUCACUAAAGCAGAGGAAGAAGUGGCCUAACCCUGACGGUGGGAAGUCGUGGGAAUGAGCGGAGGCCCCGCGGGAGUGACCGUGUCACUGGAGGCGGGCCCCUGAUAAGGUCUCGGGCCAGGCCUUUGCGUUUCUGGUCCGAGCCGGGCGGUUGGUGGGAGCCCCCGAAGCCGGCGUUGCCUAGGAACCCCUCAUUGUGUUAUCGAAUCCUGAGUGUUGUGAUUCGCACCAGUCCCGCGGAGGCAGUGUGGUUCGAGGACAUUUGACGGGAUCGUCCGACGAGGCUGGACGCUUUUUUCCGGAGCGGACCAGGUCGUUCUCUAAUACCCCGCAGCGAUGUCGUCCUGGCUUGGGGGCCUCGGCUCCGGCCUGGGCCAGUCCCUGGGUCAAGUCGGGGGCAGCUUGGCUUCCCUCACUGGCCAAAUUUCAAACUUUACGAAGGAUAUGCUGAUGGAGGGCACGGAGGAAGUGGAAGCAGAAUUACCUAAUGCUAGGAGAAAGGAAGUUGAAGCCAUUCAUGCAAUCUUAAGAUCAGAGAAUGAGAGACUCAAAAAACUGUGUACUGAUCUGGAAGAGAAGCAUGAAGCAUCAGAGCUUCAAAUAAAGCAGCAGUCUAUGAGUUAUCGAAAUCAGCUGCAACAGAAAGAGGUAGAAAUCAGCCAUCUUAAAGCAAGACAGAUUGCACUGCAGGAUCAGUUGCUGAAGCUACAGUCAGCUGCACAGUCAGUGAAUUCAGGAGCUGGGGGUGUCCCAGCAACCCCUGCAUCGUCUUCAUUCGGUUAUGGUUUAAGCCAUGCUUCGGCUUUCCAUGAUGACGACAUGGACUUUGGUGACAUGAUUUCAUCACAACGAGAAAUAAACAGGUUGUCAAAUGAAGUUUCAAGACUUGAAUCUGAAGUUGACCAUUGGAGGCAUAUUGCACAGACUUCUAAAGCACAAGGACCAGAUAACUCUGAUCAAAGUGAAAUGUGCAGACUACAAAAUAUCAUUAAGGAACUUAAACGGAAUCGAAGUCAAGAAAUUGAUGACCAUCAACAUGAGAUGUCAGUAUUGCAGAAUGCACAUCAACAGAAAUUGGCAGAAAUAACUCGUCGACAUCGAGAAGAAUUAAGUGACUAUGAAGAACGAAUUGAAGAACUGGAAAAUCUAUUACAACAAGGUGGCUCAGGAAUUGCAGUCACUGAUCGCUCUAAAAUCCAAGAGAUGCAAAAAACUAUUCAAGUUCUACAAACAGAAAAACUAGAGUCUACAAAAAAAAUUGAAGGUCUUGAGGAUAAAAUAAAAAACAUAAGUAAACAAUUGUAUUCUGCAGAAAAUGACAGAGAUGCAUUGAGGAAGGAGCAAGAACGAUUAAAUUUGGAAAACAGACAAAUACUGGAAGAAUGUGAAAGCCUGAAACUGGAGUGUAGUCAGUUGCAGCCUUCUGCUGUGAAGCAGGGUGAUUCGGUGUCAGGAAAGGAAGGAAUUCCACAGGGUACAUCGGAAGAAGUAUUCAGACUGCAGCAAGCCCUGUCUGAUGCUGGAAACGAAAUAAAGAGACUGAGUAAUUUAAACCAGGAUAAUAACCUCACUGAAGACAAUCUGAAACUUAAAAUGCAUGUCCAAGUUUUAGAAAAAGAGAAUUCAUUAUUGAAUCAAGAAAAGGAAGAACUUCAGACAUCACUUUUAAAAUUGAACAGUGAAUAUGAAAUAAUUAAAAGUGCAACUGUAAGAGACAUGGAUUUGGAUUCAGAAUUACGUGAUUUAAGGCUAAAUUUGGAGGCAAAGGAACAAGAACUCAAUCAGAGCAUUGCUGAAAAGGAAAUACUAAUAGCUGAGUUAGAAGAAUUGGAUAAACAGAACCAAGAAGCUACAAAGCACAUGAUUUUGGUCAAAGAUCAGCUAUCAAAACAACAAAAUGAGGGAGAUAAUGCCAUCAGUAAACUGAAAAAAGAUCUAAAAGAUGAAAAAAAGAGAGUUCAUCAGCUUGAAGAUGAUAAAAUGAACAUUACUAAAGAGUUGGAUGUUCAGAAAGAAAAGUUAAUUCAAAGCGAACUGGUCCUAAAUGAUAUACAUUUAACCAAGCAGAAGCUUGAGGAUAAAGUAGAAGAUUUAGUAGAUCAGCUAAAUAAAUCACACACGCAGAAUUUAAACAUCCAGAAGGAGAACUUUGAACUCCAGGAGCACAUUAAACGAAAAGAGGAGGAGCUUUCCAGAGUCAGGGAUGAGUUAACUCAGUCUCUCAAUCAAGACUCUAACAGUAAUUUUAAAGAUGACUUACUUAAAGAAAGGGAAGCUGAAGUCAGGAACUUAAAGCAAAAUCUCUCCGAAAUGGAACAGCUCAAUGAAAAUUUAAAGAAAGUUGCUUUUGACCUCAAAACUGAAAACGAAAAGUUGAAUUUAGCAUGUGAAGAUGUAAGACAUCAGUUGGAAGAAUCUAUUGCUGGUAACAAUCAGAUUUCUUUGGAAAAAAAUGCUGCUGUGGAGGCUUUAAAGAUGGAGAAAGGACAGUUAGAAGCAGAAUUGUGUCGGGCUGAGAAGAGGCUGUUGGAAGAAGCAAACAAGUAUGAGCGAACCAUUGAAGAACUGUCACAUGCACGUAAUUUGAGUACCUCUGCUUUACAGCUGGAACAUGAGCGUUUAAUUAAACUCAAUCAAGAGAAAGACUUGGAAAUAGUGGAACUCAAAAAGAAUAUUGAGCAGAUGGAUACUGAUCAUAAAGAAACUAAGGGAAUUUUGUCAUCUAGUUUAGAAGAGCAGAAGCAGUUGACCCAACUUGUAAAUGAGAAAGAGGUUUUUAUUGAAAAACUUAAAGGAAGAAAUUUAGAGCUUCAGGAGGAAUUAGGUAAAUAUACGCAGACCUUAAGAAAAAAUGAAACUUUAAGGCAAACCAUAGAGGAAAAAGACAGAAGUCUUGGAUCCAUGAAAGAAGAAAACAAUCACCUGAAAGAGGAACUGGAACGACUCAGGGAACAGCAGAGUCGAGCUGCACCUGUGGCUGAUCCUAAACCUCUCGAUAGUGUUACAGGGCUCGAGUCUGAGGUACUGCAACUGAAUGUAAUAAAGGAUAAUCUUGAAAAGGAAAUAAAACAUCAUCAAAAGGUAAUUGAAGAUCAAAACCAGAGUAAAAUACAACUGCUUCAGUCUUUACAGGAGCAGAAGAAGGAAAUGGAUGAGUUUAAGUAUCAGCAUGAGCAAAUGAGUGUCUCAUACACCCAACUCUUUUUAGAGAAAGAUGAGGAAAUUAAGAAUUUGCAAAAAACAAUUGAACAAAUCAAAACCCAGUUGCAUGAAGAAAGACAGGAUGUUCAAACAGAGAAUUCUGAUAUUUUUCAAGAAACGAAAGUUCAGGGCCUCAGUAUAGAAAAUGGAAGUGAAAAGCACGACUUAUCCAAGGCCGAAACGGAACGAUUAGUAAAAGGAAUAAAAGAACGAGAAUUGGAGAUUAAACUUCUAAAUGAAAAGAAUAUAUCUUUAACUAAGCAGAUUGAUCAGCUGUCCAAAGAUGAGGUUGGUAAACUAACUCAGAUCAUCCAGCAGAAAGAUUUGGAGAUUCAAGCUCUUCAUGCUCGAAUUUCUUCAGCUUCCUAUACGCAGGAUGUUGUUUACCUGCAACAGCAGCUGCAGGCCUAUGCUAUGGAACGGGAACAAGUGCUAGCUGUCUUGAGUGAGAAGACGAGGGAAAAUAGCCAGCUGAAAACAGAAUAUCACAAGAUGAUGGAUAUAGUUGCUGCCAAAGAAGCAGCUCUCAGUAAGUUGCAAGACGAAAAUAAAAAAUUAUCCACUAGAUUUGAAAGUAGUGGUCAAGAUAUGUUUAGGGAAACGGUGCAGAAUUUAUCUCGUAUCAUUCGAGAGAAAGACAUUGAAAUAGACGCGCUGAGUCAGAAAUGUCAGACCUUACUGACAGUUUUACAAACAUCGAACACCGGCGAUGAGGUGGGAGGUGUUAACAGCAAUCAGUUUGAGGAGCUUCUACAGGAACGCGACAAGUUAAAACAACAGGUAAAGAAAAUGGAAGAGUGGAAACAGCAGGUAAUGACUACGGUACAAAAUAUGCAACACGAGUCAGCCCAGCUCCAGGAAGAGCUUCAUCAACUUCAGGCGCAAGUUCUGGUUGACAGUGAUAACAACUCUAAAUUACAAGUGGACUACACUGGCCUGAUCCAAAGUUAUGAGCAGAAUGAAACCAAGCUCAAAAAUUUUGGGCAGGAACUGGCCCAGGUUCAGCACAGCAUCGGGCAGCUUUGCAAUACCAAAGAUCUUCUUCUGGGAAAACUUGAUAUUAUUUCACCUCAGCUCCCUUCUGGAGCAUCGCUUACUUCCCAGUCAGCGGAGUCUCUUAGAACUAUUAUGUCUGAUGUCUCAAGUGAUUCUUCUAAACAAGAAAUAGAAGAGCUAAGAAAAUCACUGCAGGAAAAAGAUGAAACGAUUAGAACUCUCCAGGAAAAUAAUCACAGACUGUCUGAUUCGAUCGCUGCUACCUCAGAGCUAGAAAGAAAAGAACACGAACAAACCGAUUCAGAAAUUAAACAGCUAAAGGAGAAGCAAGAUGUCUUACAAAAGUCACUUAAAGAAAAAGACCUCUUAAUAAAAGCUAAAAGUGAUCAGUUACUUUCUUUGAAUGAAAACUUCACUAAUAAGGUGAAUGAAAAUGAACUUUUGAGGCAGGCAGUGACAAAUCUGAAGGAGAGAAUAUUAAUUUUAGAAAUGGACAUUUGUAAGCUAAAAGGGGAAAAUGAGAAAAUAGUAGAAACAUCCAGGGGGAAGGAAACAGAAUAUCAAGCGUUGCAAGAGACCAAUGCAAAGUUUUCUAUGAUGCUGCGAGAAAAAGAGUUUGAGUGCCACUCACUGAAGGAGAAGGCUCUUGCUUUUGAGCAGCUACUGAAGGAAAAAGAGCAGGGCAAGACGGGUGAGUUGAAUCAGCUUUUAAAUGCAGUUAAGUCAAUGCAGGAGAAGACAAUUAUAUUUCAACAGGAGAGAGACCAAGUCAUGCUGGCCCUGAAGCAAAAGCAAAUGGAAAACACUGCUCUACAGAAUGAGGUUCAGCAUUUACGUGACAAGGAAUUGCGAUUAAACCAGGAGCUAGAAAGAUUGCGUAACCAUCUUUUAGAAUCGGAAGAUUCUUAUACCCGUGAAGUUUUGGCUGCAGAAGACAGAGAGGCUAAACUUAGAAAGAAAGUCACAGUAUUGGAGGAAAAGCUAGUUUCAUCCUCUAAUGCAAUGGAAAGUGCAAGCCAUCAGGCCACUCUACAGGUAGAGUCCUUGCAGGAACAGUUGAACGUGGUAUCCAAGCAAAGGGAUGAAACUGCGCUGCAGCUUUCUGUGUCUCAGGAACAAGUAAAGCAGUAUGCUCUGUCACUUUCCAACCUGCAGAUGGUCCUGGAGCAUUUCCAGCAAGAGGAAAAAGCUAUGUAUUCUACCGAACUAGAAAAGCACAGACAGGUUACUGCUGAGUGGAAGAAAAAGGCAGAAAAUCUGGAAGGACAACUAGUGUCAUUACAGGAGCGUUUAGAUGAAGCAAAUGCUGCACUGGAUUCAGCAUCAAGACUUACAGAACAGUUAGAUUUAAAGGAAGAACAAAUUGAAGAACUUAAAAAACAAAAUGAGCUCCGACAAGAAAUGCUGGAUGAUGUGCAAAAGAAAUUGAUGAAUUUAGUAAACAGCACAGAAGGAAAAGUGGACAAAGUCCUAAUGAGAAACCUCUUCAUUGGACACUUCCACACACCAAAAAACCAGCGUCAUGAAGCAUUACGAUUAAUGGGAAGCAUCCUGGGUAUCAAAAAGGAGGAAAUGGAGCAGUUGUUUAAUGAAGAUCAGGGUGGUGUUACCAGAUGGAUGACUGGGUGGCUUGGAGGAGGAUCCAAAAGUGUCCCCAACACACCUUUGAGACCAAAUCAGCAAUCUCUGCUUAAUAGUUCUUUUUCAGAACUUUUUGUUAAAUUCCUAGAAACAGAAUCUCAUCCAUCUGUUCCACCACCCAAGCUCUCUGUUCAUGAUAUGAAACCUCUAGAUUCACCAGGAAGGAGAAAACUAGAUACAAGUGUACCAGAAAGUUUUAAAGAUACGACAGAGUCCAGGUGUGGUAGAAGAACAGAUGUGAAUCCGUUCCUGGCUCCACGCUCCGCAGCUGUGCCUCUCAUCAACCCAGCUGGACUUGGACCUGGCGGGCCUGGGCAUCUCCUUUUAAAACCCAUCUCAGAUGUGCUGCCCACGUUUACACCUUUGCCAGUGUUACCUGACAACAGCGCCGGAGCUGUGUUGAAAGACCUUUUGAAGCAAUAGAUAAUUCUCAAGCCAGAGAUGACAUAUAGCACUUUAAAAAAAACUAUGAACACUAUGUGUAUGUACUUUAUCACAGAGGGGCCUUUUGGAAAAAGUCUCAUAUUUGUUUGCCGUUGUACUUUCUCUAAAUUUAAUAAAAAAUCCUCUUAAUCCUUUUAGAAAUUGCAGGUGUCCCAGAAGGAAGUCUUUACUAUAUUUUCUGCUUUUUCCAUCUGACUUGACUUAAUUUAAGCUGGAAAUAUUCUAUCUUUUCAUUUUAAUUUAUACAAAUAAGAAAAAUAGAAACAUGAAAAUACUAAUAGCUAUAUAUUAGCCCUUUAUUUCCUUUUCAUGCUCAUUUAAGCUAGAGACUUAUGUGGUUUAUCUUUUUUAAAUAAUCAACAGACUUACCAAAAAGAGAGAGAAAAAAUAGCAGUGGCUUAUCCGAAUGGUGCAAAAAAUUGAUCUAAAGCAUCUAUUAGUCAUCUUUGGAGACAGGCCAAGAACAAGAUUGUCCAGGGAGGUCACAGGUGUCCUGAGGUAGAAGGUGUGUGGAUUUGCUUCUCUGCAGUUUCAUCAUUUGUGCAGAUCCAUGGGAGCACAGGCCAGAGACAGAACAGUUUCAUGCUCCCCGCUCACAGGCAGAGCCCCCUCCUUCCCUACCAGCUCCUUAACCUCUGGCCACCAACCCUUCCCUGAGCUGUUCCUCUAUACUCCUGUCAUUUCAAGAGUGCCAGUCAGUGGAAGCAUACAGCAUAUCAUCUUUUGAGAUCCGCCUUUCCCACUCAGCAUAACUCCCUUGAGAUUUUUCUAAGUUGCGGAAUGUAUUGUUUAGCUUGUUUUUUUUCUCCAUUGAGUACAUACUGUGACUCUAUGGUUUAGUUUUAAGAGCUAAGAUAUUUCUUUAAAGAUAACAUCUAAAGCUAAAUGUUUCCACCCAUCUACCCACAACAUUCGUCUAAGUGUUAAAUUGUGCAGCUGCACUCACGUAGCUAUACUUAGCAAUAUCUCCAGACUCACACCUCCUGCCUCCCUCGGAGGUGCUGAUCUGAGAGGUACAGCCAUCCAGGAGUCCAUUAUCAUCCUCACGUGACCGAGGGGGUGAAAUCACUUCAACACCAGCGCCGUGGGGUUGGAACUUCAUGGUAGGGGACUAUGUCUUUGGGUUUUUGUUUUUUUUUUUUUUGUCAACCCCUCAUUAAAAAAAUCCUGACUUGGGACUUAAUUAUAGCAGGAUGUUCAUGUUUGUAUUAGUUGUUGAAAUUGUACAGUUACAGACAUUUCUUUCAAAUUUUGUAAAUUUCAAUAUGCCUUUAACAUGGAAACACCUGUAUAGUAAGGAAAGGUGAAAAUGAUACUAAUCCAAAUGUGUAAAUAGGCCUGGCUCCGGCCACAGCUAAAGUUGGUUGUAUGUAAAUUUUGCUGUGAUUAACUGUAUACUUUGUACUGUAUUUAGAGGGUUGGAAGUCUUCAUGUGUUGAUGGAUAAAACUUUUCGAAAAAUCUA